AUGAGUCGUUUUACUGCUAGUGGAAUACUGUAUACUUUGCCAGCUAAUUCCUCAAACGGAACAGAUGAAGGAUGCAUGCUCUGGAAUUCAACCCAGAACGUCAUAAUUACUGGAGCAUACAAUGGCAUUCCGCAGACCUUGAUACUCAACGUUAUUUCGUGGGUUUCGCUGCUUUUGUUGUUUACUGUGUUGCGGCGCACAGCGUGGAAUUAUGGGCGUAUGGCGCUGGUGCAACGAUCGAAGAAUCGAUGGACAAACUUAUUCUACCGCGGCGGAGAUAAUGACGCGUUGGUUGAAAGACGUCGAAACACGGACGAAUCGCUAAGUAUUGAUGAAGGAUUUUUCACGUGGUUACCAGCUGUGUUUCGCCUGACCCGGGAACAAGUCCUUGCUAAGUGUGGCCCAGAUGCUGUGCAUUAUCUAUCGUUUCAAAGGCACGCCAUAACAUUGAUGUUUAUUGUUACGCUCGUGUCUAUUGGCAUUAUCUUACCAAUUAACUUUCAAGGAACCAAUUUGCAAGUUGAUGCCAGCACAUUCAGUAGAACUACCCUAUCCAAUCUUACUGGAAGAUCUUACUGGCUCUGGGUCCAUACCUUGAUAAGUAUUUCAUUCCUUCCUGUAUCGGUAUUGAUUAUGAGAAGGUGUACAGGUAGAAAACCAGUUCCCACAUCAAUGACUGGUACAAUCAUGAUAACUAAUAUAUCAAGAGCUGAUAGAAAUGAAGGGACUAUCAGAGCCUAUUUUGCCCAUAAUUUUCCGCAUAUACAAAUAGUUGAUUUAAAAAUGGCUUACAAUGUGAAUAAACUCAUUGAAGUGCAAGAGAGAAAGGAGAUGGUGACAGAAGCUUUGAUUUAUACUGAUGCAUAUUAUAGGAAAACAGGAAAGCGGAUAACAGUACGCCCACAACUUUGCGGAGAAGAGGUAGAUGCUCUUGAAUACUACACUAAUGAAGAGAAACGCUUGAAAGAUGAAGCUAAGCGUUGCCGGGCUAUUGUGCUGAAUGAUCCAUUAGGUAUUGCCUUUUUAACACUACCUUCUUAUCAACUAGCUGAACAUGUUAUUAGUCAUUUUAGCCUGCACCGUGGUUGGGUGCUAUCACAUGCUACUAAUCCAUCUGACAUAAUUUGGGAAAAUCUCAGUGUCCAGCCAGGGGUAUGGUAUGUCAAAGUUAUCCUUGUCAACUUCUGUCUAUUUGUUGUACUUUUCUUUUUAACAACCCCUGCUAUUAUAGUAAAUUUGUUCAACAACAUUUUUGUUAAACCUGAGACUGUUAGCAAGUUUAGUAGCUUGAUCUUGGAUUUUCUACCCACUCUAUUGCUUUGGACAAUGGCCGCUGUUAUGCCCGCGCUGGUUUCGUUCUCUGAUAAAUUUUUAUCACAUUGGACUAAGUCUCAACAAAAUUACUCCAUUAUGACUAAAACGGUGACAUUCCUUCUCCUUAUGACGUUGAUUUUGCCUUCUUUGGGGCUAGCUAGUGCGGACGCUUUGUUUAGUUGGACGUUGCACCAUGUCAAUGACACAAUGCGUUGGGAUUGCGUAUUUUUGCCCGAUAAGGGAGCGUUCUUUGUCAAUUACGUAAUUACGUCGGGGUUCAUUGGAACUUCUCUGGAGCUGAUUCGAUUUCCUGAGCUAUUUCUAUACGUGUGGUACCUUUUACAGUCAAAGUCAAAAGCCGAAAAGAGUUACGUGAAAAAAGCUAUUCUGUACGAGUUUCCGUUCGGGGUGCACUACGCUUGGAGUUUAGCUAUCUUCUCCAUUACUAUGGUAUACAGUCUUGCGUGCCCUCUGAUUUCACCAUUCGGUCUGAUUUAUUUCAUUCUCAAGCAUAUCGGCGACAAGCAUAAUUUGUACUUUGCUUACGGCCCGAGUGAUAUGAGUGGAGUCGGGGGCGGCAGAAUUCAUUCGACAGCUGUGAGAUUGAUACGGAUUUCUGUAUUACUUUUGCUGAUUAACAUGGCGGCAUGGGCCGGGUUGCGUGCGGGUUUCGAGGCGCGGACUAUUAUCCUAAUAAUGGCGUCCAUUGUGACAUUUGGCACGUUUUUGCUGCUCAGUCCCUUCCCUAGUUGCACACCGCCGGCGCCGUUACAAGAGGAGUCUAGCGUUACUCCAAAAGAAUAUGUGGCUCCGGUUCUUUUGCGACCAGUUGAUUCUACCCCAGUUUCGACACCAUCCACCCCUGAUUACGGGGCGUCCUCGCCUGUCGUAAAUCUUGCCUAUAAUCCGGACCCUAUCAAUAUUUAA